AAUCCUGUCUGUCGAACAUCGCAAACCCGUUUUGCCUUUUUCAGCUGCACAAAUUUACUGGACUAUGUGGAUUGUCGGUAUUGUGUGUUUUUCCUUAGUUUUACUUCUAAUGGGGAAGUUACUGAACAUUUUAAAAAGGCUACAAUAAUGCGUGGAGACUCAAUCUGCUCUUCAGCUUGCUUGAGGAAUGUAAACUGGCUGGUAGGAUCCCAGGUUUGGAGGGAGGGCGCGCAGGCGGUGCAGUGGGAACUUUAUCAAGCAAGGGAACAACUUACGCGCUCUCCUUAAGGGAACUGUUUCAUUUAAUUACUCUCUCUCUCUGUGACGAAGAUACAUGUGUUAUAUGCAAAAUAGUGUUAGUAUUUCAAGUCAGUUGGUUCUGGAUUGUAGGGAUUAACCACUACAAUAGCGUUUUUUUUUUUUUUCUUUCUUCUUCUUACGGCCAGGAAGUGAUUGAACAAAUCCGUCUCUGAACUGGAACGACACAACUUCGGUGGAAAAGUGGAAUUCUUUUUUUACGUAUUUUUUAAUUUUUUUUAUUUCAUGAGCAAUUCUUAAGUAAUUUUACAGCUGCUUGUAAAAUUGUGUAGUUUCCACUGUGGUGGAACGCUGCAGACUUUUAAACAUUUGAUCUUCAAAAUACUGCAAGAACGUAGCGCACACAUAUAUUUAAAUGUAAUUCUAAUUAUAUAUUGGCUGGUUAUAGGAUGGGUGAUGUAGGAGAUCUCGCCGGUAGUGGACUGAACCAAACAGACGGCCUCGAUGUGUCUCAGAUCAUUUCCCUGUGGCACAAGGAGUAUUUAACUAAGUGCUUCGCAAACGAGAGAGUUUGUAUGUCAUUUUGUCUGUGGGUCAUAUCCGCCUUCCUAUGGAUCAUAGCUCAUACGAUGCUGAUAUGUCUGCAGUGCCAGAAGAAGCCAGUCCACUCUAGCAGCUCUGCGUUCAUCACUGUCUACAGCUUUCUGGGGAACAUGUGCAACGCCCUGGGAGCCCUCUUAGCAAAACAGCUCACUGUACAGGUCUUUACUGGAGCCUACUUGACUGCUGUAGACAUUCUUUACUUCAUCCUCAUUUUCUUCCCUGUCUGUAAAUGGGAUACUUCAAGCAGUGGAGGCAGCAGGAAGAAACUCAAGAAGGGGAGGCGGAAGAGGAAUGUGUUUGCCGUCACACUGCCCCUUGCUGUGGGAUCAGGGUACUACAUCUCAAAGACCACAUUUCAAAGCAAGCCCUUUGAGCAGGUGUUUCAUGGGACCGGGCGACGCCUGCUGACCACAUUUCUGCAGGAUAACACAGAAAUCCUGGGCUACGCACUGGGCUUGGUGGCGUUCAUCACCUGCUGGACGUCUAAGUUUUCUCACAUCUCCAGAGCAUACAAAGUGAGGAUGUUCUCUGCAGUCCUUAUCUGGUCUCAGGUGUUCUCCAUCUUGGCCAGUGUCCUCUAUGCAGCAGCCAUCUUAUUCCAUGACAAACAGCUCAAGUACAUCCUGAAAGCAUUGCCAUGGUUACUGAACUCGCUGGGCUGUGCAACCCUGGACACUGCUAUUCUGCUGCUGCUGUGCUGCGCGAAGUCCAGUGCCAGCCAGCAGAAAGACCUUGAGAGAAGCAGAGGAGCCGAUACCCAGGCUCUGCUAGCCCAGUCUGUCCUGGGAGUAUGGGAGGAGGAGGAGGAGCUGCUCGUGAAAUCAAGCAAAAAAGCGAAAGCGAGACGCUGGGAUUCUGACUGGAUACCACUUAAUACACUCCCUAACAACCGCUACCUACACAGAAUGGCUGAGAUUGGACGUUUCAUAGACCUGAGCAUUGAACCAGUGCAGAAGGUUCCAUUUGGAGCGGUAAGGCUCCCGGGGGAGGGAGAGGUUAGCCCCACGGACCCUGAGCCGCCAGCCUACCCUCCUCUGAAGGUGAUCCGUGCUGCCCUCUCUUCCUCCUCCUCCUCCUCCUCCGGCAGCGUCUCAGGCGGCCUCUCCAUGACCUCAGAGCUCGAGCAAAAUUAUUUGGAAGCCCUAAACAGAGAACAGUGGGACUUUGAAGACGUAACUGAGGAUUGGAGCAAAGAUAGGAGGCCACAGAACUUGGGUGUGUCCCAGGAGGUCUUCCCCCUCAAGGACUGGACAAGCUUGCCCCUGGAUAACUCUGUCAUCCAAACAGAAUCAGACUUGUGGUUCUGUCACAGAAAUGUGGAAAUGACAGAGGAGAGAGCUGCUGCCAUCUUGGCAGACUAUGAGAGGGAGAAUCGAAGAAGUGGAAAAUGAAGGGGGGGGGUUCUAGUUUUAUACAUAAACAAGACAUGUAUCCUGAAUGUGUCCUUCGUGGAGAGAAGAAGACCAAGGUGUACAAUUUUAGCUUUCAGCUUGUUAACCAAAUGACUGUGACAAGCCAUUUAAUAGAAGUGCUGGAAAUCCCUAGCUGGCUCACGGAUUUAUAGAGCUUGGGAAUAGGAUCACGCAUUGAUUUAUUCUGGCCACCUGUUUCAUUUAACAGGGACCUAUCGUAUUGGUGACUGGGAGGAACUGGUUUUGACUUUUUAGGCUUUUUUUUUAUUCUUUUGUAAAAAAAUAAGGGGGGUUGUGGCAGGGCAGAAGCCCUGCACGGGUAAAUAAAUGUAUCAGAGGAUCA